UCAGCCAUGGUGCAGAAUUCAUGAUCAAAGUUAGAAACAGAUCAGCAUUUAAAUGCGUUCCAGCUGUGCACUUUCAACAAAUGGCACACAAUUUGAAUCGUGCAGGAUUGUUGGAUGAUGGUAAGGCAGAGGACUUCAUUAGUUCAGAAAGGUUUUCAAGUGGUUAUUCUUCAAGUGGUUAUUCUUCAAGUGGUUAUUCUUCAAGUGGUUAUUCUUCAAGUAGUCAUGCUUCAAGUGGUUAUGCUUCAAGUCAUGCUUCAAGUGGUUAUGGAAGUAGUCGUGCUUCAAUUGGUUAUAGUUCCACACAAGAGAAAUUGUAUGACACGUCUUAUGACCUCCAAAGAGUGUCUCAUAGACAACUCGGUGACCCUCUUACACUUAGCCAUGUUGCUACAGAUGACAGUGAGAAGAUAGAACUGAAGGAUACUAAAGGUACCUCUCAUGGGCUACAACAGUUACCAUCUGAUUUACUAACUGACGUCACAAAAGAUGUUUCUGAUGUUUCUAAAAUCUUAGAUACUGAAGUUACACAGAAAUCUUCUCAAACUCAAGACGUAUUGAAAGCUUCUAAUCUUGAUGUUCAAUCAACUGACUUUGUUUGUAAAGGAGAAUCAUAUGAAGGGGAAGUGACUUCUCAAACUGCAGUGAAAGAUCUUGUAGUUGAUCUUAAUCAGCAUGUCAUUGAAGUAUGCAAACUUCUAGACCAAACUGAAAGGGCAGAUGACCGACAACGUCUCAGCUCACACUUACUAGAUGAUGAAGAACGUCUCCAUUGGGAUAAGAAAGAAGGAGAAGGCUUAACACUGGCUUUAUUGAAUCAGUGGUGCAGCAAGAAGUCACCGUCUGAAGCAACUGUUGAGCAUCUAAUCAAUGCAUUGAAGUCAUCUGAUAUAAGUGAUGCUGCUAACAUUAUGCAACAGUACUGCAAGCCUAUGGAUGACGUACAACCUGUUUCUGUAAUUUCUCGCAAAUUCAAGAUGGAGUUGAAUGAAGUCAAAUCAAUCAAAUUAGAUCUUGGAGAUGGCAAGAAUGUCAAACUUUAUCAGACAUUUUCUGUCAAGGAAACGAUUUCAGCACAAGGUGGCAUUCUAAGCUGUUCAAAAAAUGAGCAAUUUAUUUUUAUUCCUUCAGGUGCUUUGCUGUCGGACACAAUCAUUGAAGCUGCAGUUUAUCAUGUUGUUGACUCAGUUGGAUUGGACAGCACAGAAUUUGUGACAAGCAUGUUGGAGAUCACUCCUCACGACCUCAAAUUUCGGAAGCCUAUUGAAAUUUUGAUGUCUCAUCAUCUGUUUGUUGAUGGUGAUGGCAGUAAGGUCACAGUUUUAUUUCACAGUGGUGCAUCGACAGUCAAUAGCUUUACAUCUCUUUGUGAGUUAACAUCAGUUAACGAGUCUCAUGUGGCUAACGGCAUGACGAUGACUCUUUGGGAAGAUUUCAUUCACAUUGAAACUUCUCAUAUUUGCAUGCUUAAGGCAAUUUGUAAAGGCAAAUCUUACAUUAAAGUUUGUGCCUUGCUGUUUACACAUAAGACUCCAGACCAAUUUUGUGUUACGCUGUUUCUUACAAAAAGUCGACCCGAGCCUACUGAUGAAAUUUUUGAAGAUAUGAAAAUGACUGGCCGUGAAUUGGAAUGCAGGUGUUGCACACAGCUAACGUUAACUUGCGGAGAAAAAGAAGAAUUACGAGUGACUGUCGAGAUGCCUUCAAGUGCACAUGGAUGGACAGCAAAGACAAAUUCUGAUUUGAGUCGGACCAUUUUCUAUACAGAUAUUCGAAAUUUGGUCGUGCAAGAUAGGCCAUAUAUUAGAACAGACUUUGUUUUUGAUAAAACAUCUGAUGUUGGUGUAACUGAUUUUGCCCCAGUGUUUAUGCUGAAUAGUAGUCGAUGUCUUCUCUCUCCAUCAUCGACUUCUAUACAAACAGCUGAUGCUGUUUCAACUGGUAGUCAGCAAAAUAACGUUUCAGACAUGGCAUGUGAUGGGCAGCGCCAAACGUUAGCGUAUGCCAGCCAGUCACGGCAACUUCAUGAAACAGUUGCUGUCACACUUGAUAAUCAUGAUAGAUCGAGCUCGUUAGACCACAAGGAUGCUAAUCGCAAUGCCAGUACAGGGUCAACUCCUCAGGUUGAAACUGGAUUGUCCAACAUCAUUCAGAUGUCUUAUAUUGGAAAUGCUACAGAUGUGGUAAAGAGGGAAGAGCCUGUUACCAGAGUGGAUUCAUCUCUUGCAGGUUCUGAUGCUGAACAAGAUGUGCAACCUUCAUUAAAUUCAUCUGACUUGAGACAAAGUUACCAACAUCUUGACUUAGAUAGGGUUGUUACAAACAGUGAUAUCCAAUUUGUUUCUGCAUAUGAGAAAGUGGCCAAAAUGUCAUUGCAAAUAGGGUGGUUGAUGCUACAAGGUGAUGGCUAUAGAUAUACACUUACGGAGGUGAGAAACACUGUUAUGAAGGACGUUCUGGAUCAACCAGAUUGUACAAAACUUACUCACUUGAUUGAGGAAUGGAGGCACCGUUUAAGAAACAGAGCAACUGUUAGAGCAUUGAUAAAAAUCUGUUGUCAUCCUAUGAUUGGUGGUGACCGGAAUUAUAUGGAGUGUACACUUACCUCACCCUCUCAGCUUAACAAAUCGUCUUUUGAAACUGAUUGGUCAACAAGAUGUCAUAGCAAGGUGAAAUCAGAACAUAUAUCUGCUGUGGCAAGAGAAGUGCUUGCACAGUGGGAGGAGUUUGCUGCCUUGCUAGCACCAGAUCAGUUUAAAGUUGCCAAGACAGAAGAGAUUAAAAAGCGCCACGACAGACCUUUCAUUCAGUGUCGUGCGAUGUUGGAGGAAUGGGCAGACAGUUUAGACAGGAAAGCUACCAAUGGAUCAUUGAUUGCAGUGAUGUUGAAGAUGGGUAUGAGAAGACAAGCUAAUGAAAUCUUUGAAGAAAGACUUGUGAAACAUGUGGAAAUAGUGUCUGUUAAUUGGUAGCAGAUCUGGUAAGAGUGCAUGUAUAGUAGUGGCUGUUAACAUGCAGUUUCAUCUCGAUUAAAGCGACAC